UAAGACAAGUGCCACGGAUUAAAAACACACAACUUCUUGUCUUCUAACACCGAACCACAAAACCCCUCCCCAUUCUUGGAUCCGUCCGCCAUUAGUCCUUUUCUCCUUUCUUCCUCCCUACUCCACUUCCUCGCUCCUCAGUUACCGAACCCUUGAACGGAGGUAUUCCCUUCGGCGUGCCUAGGAUUGGAGGUCGGGGUUUCUGCAGAUCUUGAAGAUGUUUCUCACAAGGACUGAGUAUGAUCGAGGGGUCAACACCUUCUCGCCUGAAGGGAGGCUGUUUCAGGUUGAGUACGCCAUAGAGGCUAUAAAGCUUGGUUCGACAGCAAUUGGAAUAAAGACAAAGGAAGGGGUCGUGCUUGCGGUUGAGAAGCGCGUGACUUCACCUCUACUGGAGCCAAGCAGUGUGGAGAAAAUAAUGGAGAUCGACGAGCACAUUGGAUGUGCUAUGAGCGGUUUGAUAGCUGAUGCCCGCACACUAGUUGAACAUGCACGAGUUGAAACUCAGAAUCACAGGUUUUCCUAUGGUGAAGCCAUGAGCGUUGAAUCCACCACCCAAGCACUUUGUGAUCUUGCUCUUCGAUUUGGUGAGGGCGAUGAAGAAUCUAUGUCACGACCUUUUGGAGUCUCACUUCUGAUUGCUGGUCAUGAUGAACAUGGGCCUAGUUUAUUUUAUACAGACCCUUCAGGUACAUUUUGGCAAUGCAGCGCUAAAGCUAUAGGCUCUGGCUCUGAAGGAGCCGACAGCUCUUUGCAAGAGCAGUAUAACAAGGAUUUAACUCUUCAGGAAGCUGAAACAAUUGCUCUCUCCAUCCUGAAGCAAGUCAUGGAGGAAAAGGUGACACCGAACAAUGUUGAUAUUGCAAAGGUUGCUCCAACUUAUCACCUCUACUCCCCAUCUGAGGUAGAAGCUGUUAUCAGCCGCCUUUAAUGUAUGGAUAACGAGUCAGUAAUUUCUCUGAUUCUUCACUGGCCACUUUUGGAAUCUACAACCAGAGUCCGUUUUACUACUUUUAGGGUUUCAGGUGGGAACUUUCUGCUAUUGGUUUUGUUUGGGCUGCUUUUAAAAAUUGGAAGAGAUUGAAGUUACAAUUUCUACAUUUUGGGUUUCAAUUCUCAUAUUCAGCUAACUGGAGCCAUUCUAUUUUGAAGCAAAAUAUAUUGGUGUUUGAUUUAUUGUAUUGAGCAGAUGAUUUAUUGAGUAUUUUGGUUGGGUUCCCUCAUCAGUGUAGCCUGCUACCUUUUGGGUGUUUGGUUUGACUGCAUAGGGGGCAAAUA